CCCCCAUCAAUUGUUCAUCAUGAACGGGACGGACACCAGCUGCAGCAUCACGUCAGCAGAAUAUCAGUAUUCCCUCUUCCCAGUGAUCUACAUCCUGGCAUUAGUCGUGGGUCUACCUGGAAAUCUGGCUGCUCUCUUCGUCUUCACCUUCAAGAUCACCCCUCGCACAGCCUUCAGCGUGUUCAUCAGCAACCUGGCCCUGUCGGACAUCCUCAUCCUCUGCACUCUGCCCUUCAGGAUCCACUACCACCUCAAAGGAAACAACUGGGUGUUUGGGGACGUCGCCUGCCGCAUCACUGGGGUCCUGUUCUUCUGCAACAUCUACAUGAGCAACUGUUUCAUGACUUGUAUCUGUGUGGACCGCUACAUGGCCACGGUGCAUCCUCACGCCUACCAGAGGCAGCGGAGGCCCUGGCGCUCUCUGGCCGUGUGUGUUGCGCUCUGGUGCGUCGCUGGAGUGGCGAUGGGGGUCUUUGUCCUCUUGGGGCCUAUGGAAACCAACGUCAACCAAUUUGGAAAACACACUUGUUUCGAGAACUUAUCCAAGCACGAGUGGGUCACGCGUGCGGGGGUGUACAACCUGCUUGGCCUGAUCUUGGGCUCCCUACUGCCAACGGUGAUCAUCCUGGUGUGUUACCCUCUGAUUGUGAGGCGCAUCUCCAUGAUCAGGACCAAAACAGCCCAAAGAGCCUUGAGGGUCAUUCGCACCAUCCUGGCCAUCACGCUGCUCUGCUUCCUGCCCAACCACUUGGCGAAUAUGCUGCACAUCCUGCAACGCAGGGAGGUCAUCAAGACAUCCUGCACCGCCGCCAACCGCAUCCACGACGUCAGGCUGGUCACCACGGCCCUCAACCGGACCUGCGUGACCCUCAACACGUGCCUGGACCCCGUGCUCUACUAUGUCACCACCAGCCACUGCAAAUGGAGGCGCUUGAAGAUGACAUGGCUGUGUAGACGAGUGGAGAGGAGCGAGAGAACUGAACCUGUAGAUUUAUAACUUAAAUAUAACUCUGCUUCCAUGUCUAUAUAUGGAACUGGAGAUUUAAAGAUAUAAAAGUGUUUAUAAUAAUUGUCAUUUUACAUCAAUAUAAAGGGACAGAAUGAGAACAGGCUUCUGAUUUUCUUUAUCUUGUGCGGUUGUGUCUUGUAAUGAGUCUACAGCAAGCAGACGUUAAGAAUCAAAAUUUUUCAUGUUAAAGCAAUGUUAUUUUAUAUUUUAUAAACUUAAAACAGAAGAAGUAGACCUGUGCAAAGAUUUUGGAAUUUGAACAAGUUAUUGUGUUUCUUUUUAAGUUCAUUAA